AUGCAGCAAAAAACUACUGUGGAAACUUGCAAACCACCGUUGAAGGAUGCAUGUUCGGCACCUAACAGGCCUGAGGCCACAAGCCGUUCAUCUACCCUUGACAGCGAAUCUUUCUAUAAUACCUGUUUUAUGGGUGAUUUGUACCCGCCAGGUAUGAAAAGAAUUAAAAGGCUCUCGGCAGGUAGCAAACUAUCAACAUACUAUUAUAUAGGCUCGGAGCUCCGUGUAUGUGCUGAUUGCAACAAAAAAAGCACCUCGAGGCCAGUUCUAAGAGAUAUUAUUGAUCGUCGCACUGGCGAACCCAAAGUACUUAAAAUUAUAUCAAAAUCAAGGCUACCACCGGCUCCCGAUGGUCUUGCAAAUUGGAGGAUGCUUUGUGAGAAGCUCCUGAAUUUCAAACCAUCACCAAACAUUAUGCGCGUCGAGCAGGUGUGGGAAUCAGAAUCAUCAUUUUAUAUAGUUACGGAAAAGCUCGUUGGAGGAGAGCUCUUUGAGUUUCUGCUAAAGGAAAAGGUCAUCCCGGAGGAUAUUUGCAAGUACAUUAUGAAGCAAAUCUUCCAGGCAGUAGAGUUGCUGCAUAGCAAGUCAAUGUUACACCGAGAUAUUAAACCAGAAAACAUCAUGUUCCGAAACCCUACUAACUCAGCAUUACCGGUGUCUGAGCGAUACGAGCUUGUGCUAAUUGACUUCGACACUUGCAAGAUGACUGACGCGCCUAAUUCGGAGAACUCCGAGAUUGUUAACGGCAAAAGGAGGCUCGUAGGCACCUAUGGAUACUUGGCCCCUGAGAUCCUCAGGGGUGAUGAAUACACAACCGCGUCUGACAUGUGGUCGAUAGGCAUUGUCUUAUACAUCCUCAUGACAGGUGUACCUCCAGUUUCCAUGGACAAAAUGUACGAUGCGAAAUCAAGUCACGCCGUACUUACAGCAGCAGAGACUAAUGGUAUCGAUUUCAACAUGCCACCGCUCAUUGAAUUCCCAUUGGCGAGGGAUUUGUGCAGGCGCCUGUUGAGUUUCGAUCGUCACAAGCGUAUUGCGAGUGCCACGGACGCAUUAGCACAUCCGUGGUUAGUAGGACUCACAAGCAUCUUUGACAGGAAGCUUAAACUGAAGAACUAUUCUGUUGGGGAUUCGCAAGAUAAGCGUCAGGGACCUUCUGACAACAAUUCUGGUGGUUACAUACGCAACCUGUUUAAACGUGACAUGCCUAAGGAAUGUAACCGUGAUAAUGGUACGUCCGGUGACAAGGGUAGCGAAGCUCGCAAGGUUCCGUUACACCGUGGUUCCGGUGAUAAGGAAGAACAUGAAGAACGGGCUAAGAAACGUGCGUGUAAAAUCGGGCGAAUGCCUCAGCGGCAGUGCCGCGUCUCGCCAAGAGACGCCAAAUUCAUCAGCCCCUCUACUGGUGUGGUUCGCUGUUGA